AUGAUUUAGCGAUACAAUAUUAUUAUAAAAUAUGAAGCCUUAUUUUAUUUGAUUUAGCAAUUUCAAGCAACCCUGAAUAACCAGACAGCUUUCCUAGCAAAGGUAAACUGUAAAAUAAAAUUUUUUGCAGCAUACACUCUAUUAGAAAGGAAUGAACAACAAGAAGCUUUGUUUUAUUUUGAUCAGGCUAUUUAGAAUAGCCAGAGAAGUAUUUUUUUUGGCAAAGGUAAUUUAAUAUUCCGUAUUUUGCAGCAAUUGCUCUAAGAAGUUAGGAGAAUAUAAUUAUAGAACGAAUGUAUAAAUUCGAGGAAUCAAUAUGUUAUAUUGAUUUAGCAAAACCCUGAAUGUUCAAAAUUUGAUUCAAAAAAAGGUAAAAAGUAAAAUCAAUAAAAUGCAGCAAAUAAUUAAAAAUUGUCAUAAGUCUAGCUGAAAUGCAUAUAUUUGAGGAAGCAUUAGAAUAUUCUUAUUUAGCCAUUCAGAAAAACCUUGAAAAUCCAAAUAAUUACAUAUUUUAACAGCAAUAAUUUGAUUUAUUUUGAACAAUAUAAUAAUUUAUAAAAAAUUUAAAAAAGCGAGGAAGCGUUUUCGGUUCAUACUAAGGCUAUAGAUGCAUUCUGAAGAACCAUCUACUUUUUUUUAAAAAGGUAAACAAUAAAUUUCACAAUUUGCAGAUUUAAAACAACCCUGAAUUACCAUACAACUACACUUUGAAAGGUAAUCAUAAAUUAUAAUAAUUUGCAUAUGUGAAGUGUGAUGCCAUUAUAAUAGAAAUUAAUAAAUUUGAAGAGGCCUUGUUCAAUUUUGAUUUAGCAGUAAAACUUCUACUUAUGGAAAAUCUGAUAUCAUUAUCAAAUUAAUUAAGAAAUUUGAAGAGGCCUGAAAAUUCAGGCAACUAAAAGGGCAAAAGAUUGA